ACCCUAAACCCUAACAAGUGACCUCAAAUUUCAACAUUUCGUAUUCUUCGUUCUCUCAUCUCAUCCUUGUGUAAGUGUUGCGUCGUUUUCUCGAAUCGAAAUGUCGAAGCGAUUGAUUCCACUAUUCAAUCGUGUUUUGGUUCAGAAAAUCGUUGCUCCAUCAAAAACCACCGCUGGCAUCUUGUUACCGGAGAAAUCCUCCAAGCUGAAUUCUGGAAAAGUUGUUGCUGUUGGCCCUGGCCUUCAUGGUAAGGAUGGGAAACUCCUUCCUGUGGCCGUAAAGGAAGGUGACACUGUUCUCUUACCUGAAUAUGGAGGAACUGAAGUGAAGCUUGAUAACAAAGAGUACUUUUUGUAUAGAGAUGAUGAUAUAUUGGGGACACUGCAUGAUUGAUGUUGAAGUCAUCGGCGGAUCUGAGCCUUGCUGUAUCAAUUUAUAUGCUAGGUGUUUUGCUACAUUUGAGCAGUUUCUUUCUGCUGUAUCAAUCUACAUUUUGUUAUGAUGCAAAACAUAUCUUUUAAAUUUAGUUAAACAAUCAAGAAUGAUAUUUUUAUGCAACUACCGGGAAAAACUGUUUUGAAGGUUGCAAAUUACCUUUGUUACAUUUUAUGGCCUUGUUCAGUGGCUUAUUUAAAAGCAUUCUGUUGGCUUAA